AUGACGCAAAAGCUGCCUGGGUCUGAACUCACAGACACACACAUAAACAACGUCUGUCUCUCUCCCUCAAUCUGUGCGGCUCUGACCUUAGGGGAUGCACUAACUUUCAAAAUUAACAUUACACAACAAUCAAGAACCUGGUCCAUCUGUGCUUCUCUGUGUCCGACUGCAAAAGCUGCAAGAAUGAUGCUAACGUGCUGCCUCGGAAAGCUGAAUAAGGCGCAUCUUUUGGGGAGUCUGUUAAGCAUGCUCAUACUACUUGAAAACACCUCUUUUGCUGUUGGUUCUGAAAUUUCUUCGACAGCUCAUGCAACUGAGCAAACAACUGCAACUCAAGAUGUCACAGAUACUCCAACCAUCCCUAUAACUGCCACAUCCAUCCUUUCAAGUGAAACUCAAAAUACAGAAAGGAGCGCCGCAACCACAGAGCAUAACACAGUGUCAGUGGACCUCACACAGACUGUGACAGUGUCACAAAAUUCAACAGACUUGACAACUCUGGCAGAUAUACAUUCAACAACCAUUUCAGAGACUUUCACACCGUCUGCUCCCAACGCCACAACUUUAGGUGCUUCUCUAAACCCGAAUAUGAUUUCAGAUUCUUCGGACUCAUCUACAGCCACAGCCACAAUCUUGUUUAUUCAGAAUAGCUCAAAUAUUCCAGAAACCACAUAUUCCUCAACUCUUGACAGCACUCAGCCAACAGUAGAAACAGAAAGUCAGAAGAACUCCACGGAACCAGUAACAGUUACUUGCAGCAACCUCAGAAACCAUAAAACUAAUGCAGAGGUGGUUUGUUUUGAAUACCAGGAGAAAGUCAAGUGUGAUGACCUUUUGAAACUAGACCAGGGAGAUACACUAAGGUCUGUUCUGUGCAAUGUCACCAAUUCUUACACUAGCCAGUGCCAUCUGAGCCUCUACACUUCCGAAACCAAUCAGAACUGCAUCCUUUGGGUCUUAAAAGGAAUGGCCAGCAAAGAUGCAAAGGAAGCUCUAGAGAGUCAUUAUUCAGCACUUCAAAAGAAAGACUUUGUGUAUAAGUGGGAGCAGAUUUCUGAUCAUCAAACAAAAACGAAGAAGACAUUGAUUGCCCUGGUUACUGUUGGUGUUUUGAUGGCCUUUAUUAUUGUAACUGGCUACUAUCUCUCAAACCGGGAAAGCUGGACUCCUGGCAGACAGAGAUUGGGUGAGGACCCAUAUUAUACUGAAACAGAUAGCCAAGGAAACACCCUAGUGUCUGUGUCUGCCCACAAUCAGGAAAAGGCCAACAAUGAAACUCGAGAGAACGGAACAGGCCAGGCAAGCACACCAACCACAACCAAUGGACACUCAGCGAAGAAGCAGACUAUGUCAGACACCAAAGUCUAACAAGGAAAGACUUAAUGAACUGAGGGUGAAAAGCAAAUAAUUAAACUUGGAACAUGUACAGAUAAAAAAGAAGUCUGAAAUAUCUGUUUCCUUCAUGUCUUUUGUACAGAUUCUAUUCUUUAUCAUAACUAAAGCCAAAGACAUGAAUGACUAAUUGAAAUCUGGAAAAUUUGUGAAUAUGUAAAUUAAGCAUUUCAUGGGAAAGUAACCUUUAUUUGCAAAUUUCAACAUUUCGUAUAUGUUUAUGGAGUGGGAUAUUUUAGAUGAAAACAUACUUGAUCAAAAGCAGUUUUUGCCAAAAUAAUUCUAAAAAUGAGCAUACUUUUUAAAAAAUGUUUUACUAAACUAGGUGCUACAUUCCACCAGUGCAGGCACCAGUGAAAAACUGAAAACCAGUCAAUUUUGUUUUUUUUUUUCUAUUUGCUACAAUUAAGAAGAUGAAAGCAUAGAUCUCAUUGGUUGCUUCAACUGCACUGGUUCAAUUUAUUUGAUAUGCCAGACACUAAUUGAACUCAAAGGGGCAUAUUUAUUAUGCUGUGUAGAAAAUGUUGGCAUAAUACACACACAUCGCCACGCUUUGCAUUGUAAAAAACUGCUGGAAGCAAUGUAAAAUAAAGGUGUCUAAUCUGGUGUUUGCAUACAGUAAAAUUAUACACACCAUCACCAUUUGUUUUACACGCCUUUUUACACAGUUUUUUCUGCAAGUGUAAUUUUACACAGCAUAAUAAAUAUGCCCCUUUGAAUUUCACUGGUUCACUAAAAUUCUUGUUUAUAUCAGUGAAGUGUUUAACUGGAUGCAAUGCAGGGGUGCUUCGCCAAUGAGGCGAGUUGAGGCUGUCGCCUCAGGCGGCAGUGCCCCACUAGGUACCAGGAGCAGUACUUUAAGAGCGAAUUUCCGGGGGAUCGCUCUUAAAGUACUCAGGCGGCGGAGGGUCCAGGAUCGCCCCUGAUGCAAUGACAAUGCAGUAAGAAAUCUGGCUGCAAAUCACAGUCUAGUCUUCAGUGCUAUUAUAAAUUCAGAUUGAUUUCAGGUAGUCUUGUAAAAAUUAAGUUAUUACAUUUUAAAAUACACCGUGUUUUCAACAUUUUUUUUUUUUUGCUAGGACAUCUAUUAGAAGACAGCAGCAAAGACUAGCUUUAUUAUAGUCAGGUUGGUGCCCAUAAAAACAGACUUUCACUCAUUAAAGGACAGUAAAGCUCUUUCAGAAUGACUAUAGCAAAGCUGUGCUCCUCUAUACUCUUCAUAUGUUUAUUCUCAUAAAUAAAGAUAAUGGGGACUGUAGUUAGGGUUGCCACUUUUUUUGGAAAAAAAUACCAGCCUUCCUAUAUAUUUAUCUGUUUUCCUUAUUAAUAACAUUGGGAUCAACCAUUAUUCUUACCGCCCAGGACAGGUGGCAACCCUAACUGAAGUUUAGAGAAGAGCUGAAGGCCAGAAGAUGGUCCAAGCCUUGUAUUUGUAAUUUAAUUGGACGUAAAAUUGUUCUUGACUAUAUAUAUGUCAAUGCUUUACAUUAGGGUUGCAAACUCUUUAGUUCCUGGAAACUGGUCAAGAGGCGGGCAGAUGACGUCAGGGGGUGGGUUGGUGAUGUCGGGGGCGGGCCAGUGACAUCAGGGGCUGGGUUGAUGAUGUGGCAAGCAGCGAUUGGCUGAUGGGUGAAAUCCAGACAGGUGGCAACCCUACUUUAUAUAUAUAUUUUAGGAAUAUAUAUAUGUGUGUUCAUAGUUGUGAUUUUGUGAACACAUGCAGUGUACAGUGUAUAUUUACUUAAUGCAUAAUGACUCACGGUGUAGGCAUGAACAAACUUACUGUAUGACUAAUGUGGGGGCUGAUCUGACUAACGUUAUUGCAGCCACAUGCAGCUUAGAAAGUCAGAUCUUUCAUCUUUAUAUAUGCCUCCCCCCUCACCAGAGUUGUAUAUUUCAAGGUAACUUUGUUAUAAACAAAUGAAUCCCUAUAUUGCAAAUGGUAAUAGUUUUCUUUAGGGACACAUCAUCCAGAUGUCUAAAUAAAGCAAUUGUUUUGUGUUUGAAUAUGGGGCUUGUUUUUUGUUACUUAUGUAGAUGUAUUUUCUUACUUUUUCUGCAAAAGCAGCAGCUACCUGUCACAGUGGUCACUCAUCCCAUGUUUACAUCAAUAUAGCCUGUAACCCCUGUUUAAGUUUCUGAGCUAAACCAAUUAAGAGAGAACCUUUUAAGUGUCACGUUUCAUAGUAUCUUCAGCACUGGCUUUGCGGUUCUUUUGCAGUCCUACUCACAACAAUCCUGCAGCAACAAAAGGAAAAAUUAAUGAAACAUUAAAUAUCGUAAGCAACGGGAAACUGCACAAAACUUGUACAAAAUUUUUUUAAAUGUGGCUGUCAAAACAUGGAUGAUACUCAUGGCACCUCUUUAGAAAAUACAAAACUAGGAACCGAGGUGUAUGCAAUGAAAAGAACAAUGUUUGUUUUUGAAGCAGCAACCUUUUAUAAAUAAACUUUUGUUACAUUUGC